AUGGUUAGGGAAGAUCGCUCCACUUGGAAGGCUAACUAUUUCCUCAAGCUCGUUGAGCUUUUUGAGGAAUACCCGAAAUGCUUGCUCGUCGGUGUUGAUAACGUCGGAUCCAAGCAGAUGCAGGAAAUUCGUCAGGCUAUGCGAGGUACUUUUUUCAUUUCAAUAUAAUUAAUUUGAGUCAUUUUAAAAUCCAAAAUUUCAGGAGUUUACUUGAAUUUUUUUUUGGGAAAAUUUCAAAAGCUUUUCAGAAUGAACCUUCUCAAUACAUUAUUUCAGGACACGCUAUAAUCCUGAUGGGCAAAAACACCAUGAUCCGCAAGGCCAUCCGCGGACAUCUUGGAAAGAACCCUCAACUCGAGAAACUUCUGCCACACAUUGUUGAAAAUGUUGGCUUCGUUUUCACCAAGGAAGACCUCGGAGAAAUCCGCUCCAAGCUCUUGGAAAACCGUCGUGUAAGUCUUUUUUCAGUUAAACUUUUUUUUCAUCAUUUUCCUUUAAAAUGGAAAGCACAAAUUUCAGGGAGCACCAGCUAAGGCCGGAGCCAUCGCUCCUUGCGACGUCAAGCUGCCAGCGCAGAACACUGGAAUGGGUCCUGAAAAGACCUCGUUCUUCCAAGCUCUGCAGAUUCCAACCAAGAUCGCUCGUGGUACCAUCGAAAUCUUGAACGAGGUGCACCUGAUCAAGGAGGGCGACAAGGUCGGAGCUUCCGAGUCGGCGCUGCUCAACAUGUUGGGAGUGACUCCCUUCUCGUACGGUCUGGUCGUUCGCCAGGUCUAUGAUGACGGCACUCUCUACACUCCGGACGUGCUCGACAUGACCACCGAAGAACUGCGCAAGAGAUUCUUGUCUGGCGUCCGCAACGUCGCCGCCGUCUCUCUCGCCAUCCACUAUCCGACCGUCGUGUCUGUGGCUCACUCUCUUGCCGCUGGACUUCAGAACAUGCUCGGCAUUGCUGCCGCCACCGACGUGUCGUUCAAGGAGGCUGACCAGAUCAAGGCUUACCUCGCCGACCCGAGCAAGUUUGCCGCUGCUGCUCCUGCCGCUUCGGCUGCUGCUCCCGCUGCUGACGCUGCUCCAGCCAAGAAGGAGGAAGUCAAGGAGGAAUCUGAGGACGAAGACUUGGGCUUCGGUCUUUUUGAUUAAUUUUGGUUCCGUUCUUGUUAUUGUUGAAGUAAAUGUUAUCUCUCAAAACGGUGCUGUUCACAUUUUUUUUUGACAUUGGUUUAAUCCGUGCUUCUAUUUGCUAAUUUAUUUUUUCUGUUCGUUGCUUAAUGUUUAGAAAUUUAUAGGUAAAAUGCUGAUCUUCAAAGACGUUUUCACCGGUGAGAAAUGCGUCAUUGGCACAAUUUCAUUAGCUUUUUCAGAUGACGAGCUGGCCUCUGACUCGUUCCCAAUGAAGUUGGUGGAUGAUCUCAUCUACGAGUUCAAGGGACGUCACGUCGUCCGAAAGGAAGGAGAUAUCGUCCUUGCUGGAUCAAACCCAUCGGCCGAAGAAGGUGAAGAUGAAGGAUCUGAUGAACACGUCGAGCGUGGCAUUGACAUCGUUCUUAACCACAAGCUUGUGGUUCGUCAUUUUCACAUAUAAUGUAAAAAAAUUAUGACUUUUUUUAGGAGAUGAACUGUUACGAAGACGCUUCCACCUUCAAAUCGUAUAUCAAGGGUUUCAUGAAGAAAGUCGUUGACCAUAUGGAAAAGGAAGGUCGUCCCAAGGAAGACGUCGACGCCUUCAAGAAGAAGAUUCAAGGAUGGGUCGUCGGACUCCUCGACAAAUCCCGCUUCAAGAAUCUCGCUUUCUUCAUUGGUUCGUCAUUCGAAAACUUUAUUGAGAAAAAUUUGAUUUUUGAUUCUUCAUAAAAUAACUUUUUAGGAGAGCGCAUGGCUGACGGAAACGGUGAAGGACAAGUCGCCAUCAUCGAAUACCGCGAUGUUGAUGGCCAGGAGGUUCCGACCCUCAUGCUCAUCAAGGAGGGAAUCAUCGCCGAAAAGAACUAA